AAUUUAUUGUACACUGCCACUCCCAUAUCCUAGCUACCUUUUUGGCUACAGCAGCAUUCAGUUCAGCAAAUAUGAGAUGAGAGGAGACAGGCCUAGAAGAUGACUUUUUGAUUUGUGAAAGAUAUAAAUUAUUGUGUAAAUUGUUCCUCUGUUCCUCUGUGUAUCUAUAUCAAGAGGGGAGACACACAGAGGAAGAGAGAGAGGAGAAGGAGGAGGAGGAGGAAGAGGAGAGAGAGAGAGAGAGAGAGAGAGAGAGAGAGAGAGAGAGAGAGAGGGUGGGAGAGGAAAAUAGAGAGAAAAAAAUUGACGAAAGACCAUCAUAGAGAAGGAAUUUGUUUAGAGAAGAACACACUGACAAAACUAUUUGAUGAUAGAACAUGUUGUGGGAGUUUAGGGCAUAGCAACAAAGAAUACAGAAUGUGAGGACAGUGGAGUAGAAUGUAAACACAUUAAAAUGGAAACCUAGAAAGGAAAGACUUGGGAUUGAAAUAGUCCCUUGGUCUUGAAUCAUAAUUUGCAACUAUUUACAUUGGGGAUCCAAUGAUGGAGAACGGGUGAAGAUUUGAAAGAGAAGAUUCUACUUUGGUCAAGCAAGGUCUCAUGUACUAGCCUCAUGCGCCCCUUCUACAUCUAUUAUCUUGGAACACACCCUUCAAUGGACUGGAUUUCCAUUCAUUAGGGACUUAAUAUUUUGGGAAUCACAGUUCUACUAGAACAUGUCUGGAAAACUGAGGUGGAAUAGGAAGCUCAGCAGAUCCUAAUUAUAGUGUAUACUGUAUCAUUUUCAUUGAUGACGGAUCAAACUGAUAUUUUAAAAUGUUUUUACCAUCACCUCUACAAAAGCACAGUCUUUGGAACUGAGGAUUCCUGACUUUCAUCUACUGCCAUAUUAUAUGGUACUGCUCUCCUGGUCCCAGAUCAGAUUGAAGGCAGCUAUAUAAAUACCUGACAUUUGCUGACGCUCUCCGGGCCAUGAGCUCCUAUCUCUCUAGUGGUAACACUCAACUCACAGGCUUUUUGUUAACCGUGGUCGGCUGGAUCCUCCUAGGCGUCUCGGUGGGACAAGUGGAAUGGAGGUUGUGGCAUUUGGGCAACACAACUUCCAUCAUCCCCACCGGCUCCGUUUGGGUGGGGCUCGUGAAAGUAUGCUAUUACAGCGGCGUCCGGCUUUCUCCUCAAAGGAGAACUUCCAAGGUCUGCCACGCUUACGGAAGGCGCAACUCUUUUCUACCCGAAGAUAUUCGGGCUAUUCAGAACAUCCUAUUGCUUGCUUGCAUUCUGGGAGCCCUGGGAAAAGCCUCUCUUGUCAUUGGACUGAGGAACUUAUACUUGGGAAUUGUUCGUAAGUCAACAGCCUGUAAUUCAUUCACUAUUGGAGGACUCUGUUAUCUGUCUGCUGGGAUCUGUGUCUUAAUUUGUGUACUCUGGAAUUCUUACGCAGUGUUUAAAAAUGAGGGUAUAAACUUCCCUGCUUCUUUCCACAUUCCCCCAAGGCCCAAAACACAGGAAGUCGGGACGGCAAUCUCUACAGCGAUUAUAUCUAUCAUCUUGAUGUUGCUCGGUGGGGUUUUUUUCUUCUUUUAUAAAUUUCCCGUGGAGUGCCCAGUAUAUCCUUUGAUCACAAGACAAGAGAUGGACAUCAGCUCCUGAAGCAUGAAAUUCCUGUGUGUUUUGGCUCUGCAAACAUUUAUGAUAGAUGAACACCAUGGAAAUGAAAGGUUGGGACACAGACAUGUAAAAAUAAUUGCCUGUACUCAUUACUAAGUAUUCAAAAGAUUCUUGGCCAAGGUAAAUGUGCUCUUUUGGUCUAAAGUAAUGGACCACUCUCUUUUAUUAUUUUCCGUACUGAGUUGGAUUGAUUUAUUAAAGGACUCUUUUGUAAAAAAAAGACAAAAACAAACCAACCAACAAAAGACUGGAGCAAAGUAGAAACAAAUAGAAACCCAGGAGUCAAGAAGUUAAAAGAUAAAAGUGACCAAACAAGCACAAGGUAGUAUACACAAAUAAAUUGUCUGUAUUCUAAUAUGGGGAGAUGAUACAUAUGUCCCUUCAGAACCUUAUCAGGGAUCAUAAAGGAUAUCUAAUAAAUAAAAAAGAUGCAAAGUAA